AUGGGUAACGAAAGCUCUCUCCCAAUGGAAAUGUGCAGCAAUUUCGAUGCUUAUGAAUUACGUCGUCUCGCUAGGCGUUUCAAGAAGCUCGAUAUUGAUGGCUCCGGCUCUCUUUCUGUCGAGGAAUUCAUGUCCUUGCCGGAAUUGCAACAAAAUCCUCUUGUUCAAAGGGUAAUCGAUAUCUUUGAUGAAGAUGGAAACGGAGAAGUAGAUUUUAGAGAGUUCAUUCAAGGAAUUUCCCAGUUUAGCGUCAAAGGAGAUAAAACUAUUAAGCUGAAGUUCGCUUUUCGCAUUUAUGAUAUGGAUAGAGAUGGCUACAUAUCAAAUGGAGAACUCUUCCAAGUUCUCAAAAUGAUGGUCGGUAACAAUUUGAAGGAUUCUCAACUCCAACAAAUCGUCGAUAAGACAAUCUUGUUCCAUGACAAAGAUGGAGAUGGCAAGAUUUCUUUUCAAGAGUUCUGUGAUGUAGUGGAACACACCGAAGUUCACAAGAAGAUGGUUCUCGAGAAUAUCUAA